CCGUAUCUAGGGCCUUGCGCGCGCUUUGGUGGUGAACAUGUCACCUAUGUGAAGCUGAGAUGUUCUCAGCUGAUUUUAUGGUCAACAUACCUCUUUGUUGUGGACACAACACUUGAUCAUUGGUCUGAGUUAUUGAAGCUAUAAAGCUGAACUAGCGGCACAGGAGGGUCGCCUUUUUUCGGAUGGACGCAGUUCCAGCUCCCAAGUUUCGGGUUGUGCCAGCAAAUAGACUAGCCCAGCGACUGAACUCACAGCGCAGGGGCUCACAGCGACUCAGCCUGACCCGGGCUGGCGCUCGCCGCGGCGGGCGGGUGUCACGCGUCCUGCCGCGCUCGGUGCAGUGCGUGGUCAGAGGUCGCGCCGCCGCUACCGAUAAGUCCCGUGGACGCUACAGAACUCGUCAGAGCGAGAAGCGACGCGCCGCGUGGGCGGCCGCUGCGCUACAACACGAAUUCCACGCCCGACUGGCAGAGUACGACCGGCGCAAGGGGUUGCAGUCAGUCCACAUGGAUAAGUUUUCAAUGUUGGAGGUGGUGAGCGGUGCAGGUCCAGGCCUGGGCGCUGCCGAUCCGGACCUGGAGGAGGCGUUUCCGCCGCUGGAGCUCAGCUGGAGUUGCGGACAGCUGGUAGGCGACCUUGAUCGACGCGGUGGUGAUGAUCCUGCUCCCCCCGCUGCUACAGCAACUGUGGCCGAGCCUGCUUCUGUGGCCGCCCCGGGACCACCCGCCGCUACAGGGAAGAAACCUCUUACCGACAGGGCUGACGCAUUGACCAACAAGAUCGGACCUUUGGCCGAUAGUUACGAGCCUGUAGCCGAUAGUUACGAGCCUGUGGCUGAUAGGUCCGAGCCUGUUGCCGACACUACCGUCCAGGAGUCUUCUCAGAGCUCUGGUCCCAACAGCUCAUCAUCAUCAUCGUCGUCCUCUUCUGAGUCAUCAACGGCCGAGGAUUCAUCAGUCUCCAUCGACUCUGAGGCUGGACAUGAGGGCGGUGUCACAACUCGUCAAGGAAGCGCUAUUAGCUCUCAGAGUGGUGACAGUGGUAGUCGGGGUGGUGUCACAACCCGUCGGGGAAGUGUCGCGAAAUGUCAAAGUGGGGACAGCAACAGUCAGGAUGCCGUCACAACCCGUCAUAGCGGUGACACUAACAGCCACGGCGGUGAGACUGAAAGUCAGGGAGAUGAGACCAACAGUCAGGGUGGUACCCGUAAGAGCAGCGUCACGGACUACCAGGGUGGCGUGAAAACCCGUCGGAACAGCGCUACGGACGGCCAAAGCGGUGUGAGAAGACGUCGAGGCAGCGUCACAGACCGUGACGAUGCCGUCAAAGAACGUCGCGACACCGUCACAAGUCGUCAGAGCAGCAUGACAGACCGUCAGAGCAGCAUCGAGGCGUCUGCGUCUCCCGUCUCCAUCAGUGUUACUUCUAGUACCACCGUCACUUCAGGAGGCACGACUCUACCGACCACUUCAGUGAGCAGCAGCGCCACUGCGUCUGCUAGUGCGGUUGUUACCCCAGCUCCAGCGGCCGUCCCAAGCACCAAGGAGACCGUCAGUAUGGACGUGUCUUCAGAUGCAGUGUCUGUCGUAACCCUCAGCGACACGGAAUAUGUCCGUACGGAUCUCACUCCACUCCCAGUGAAUGUCGCAAAGAUCAGGACCUCGCGCGGUCGGGGCGCCAGAGGCUCUCGACGUGGGCGCAUCUCGACCCAUGGAAGAACGGAUCUGGCUGUGACGACCGCUGUCUCCACCGCUACUGUCCCCACCGCAAGCACCACGCUGUAUGUUCGUGGUAGGGGCAGCAGAGGUGGUCGUCGCGGGUCGACCUCAGGAACUGUGAUCCCAACUGUGGCCGCAUCUACCCCCACAGCCGAUGCCGUUCCCAGUACCUCUGAGGGAACCAUGGUCCGGCCCACCAGCUCACCAAGUGUGUCGAUCAUCUCAACCCCUGGAACAGCCAAGACCACAACCCCUGCUGUGGCUGUGGUUACGACGUCAUGGAGAACCAUUGCUCCGCCUCCGACAGGCGUGAUCUAUGGCUACAGGAGCAUCCCUUUCUCAGAUGGAUGUGUCUCAUUGCUAUCACCGCCAGGCAGGAUGGUGCUGGCUGGAGCACGCAGUCAGAGCGCCACCCCGUCCCCCAAGACCAGACCAUCACAAACGGGACCCUCAACACCGCUAGUUCAGCUCCCCGUGAGCUCAUCCAGCAGUCCCGGUGUGUCUUCUCGAACGGCGGAGGACUCUGCUACCGAUAAAUCAUUCGUGGCUGAGUGCCAGCGCAGAGGUGUCUUCCCUCCGCCGCCUGGACCGGCCCCUGGCCCGUACCGCAUGGUCAGUGUGCCCGGAGUGCGCGGUCCGCCGCCUCCCGGCCACCAGGUGAUCGUGGUCCGCUCUGCAGGCGGACCCGCCGGAAGCACGGUACGUUAUGUGAUGGUGCGCGGUGGAAGCCGCGUCACGCCUGCCACAGACACGGCCGCUGCUCGCGUGAAGGCGGCUAGUCCGCUGGACACGACGGCGAUGCAGCAGGGUGGUGGUUCGGGGGCGCGACCCCCAGCGCCGGUGACCCUGGCGCUGAGUGGCGCAGACAGGGUCGGUAACGGCGGUGUCGGUGACGGCGGCUGGCGGAAUGCCGCCGGGCCGGCAAAACGGAGCGACGUGCCGGCCGCGCCGCUGACCUCGCCCCGUGUCGGUGGUGGUGGCGACGCCGCGGCGGUCCCACACACGCUACCGGAAAUGGGAGCUGGAGGUACUCCGAGAUAUGCCACGGUCACCUCGAGACCGGAGUCGCGCAGUGACCCGGCGGACUCUGACGUCCCGCUGUCGAGGGAGAACUCGGCGUCGUUUCUGGACGAGAAGCCGUUCUCUCCCCGGAGUCCGAAGAAGCGCAGCCUUCCGGAAGAUGGUGAUAAGCCGGAGCGGAAAAUGAGGUUAAGGUCCGGCCUUCGCCUGGCGGGCUGUCCACCCCCUGCCAAACAGCCUCGCCUCACUGCGACUCGCAUCCCGCGUGCCGCUCGGCAGCCGCGGCAGCCGCACCGCUCUCAGGCACCGGUGGAGCGGGGCAGAGGGCGAGGUCGGGGCCGGCCGCGGAAGGUGGUGCGCUCUCCGGAGCUUCCGGAGCCGGUGGUCCCCGAGCCGGUGGUGCGCGAGCUCACGCCGCAGCGACCGCCGGCAGUAGCACCGAGCCGCAGGGGCCGCGGCAGGGUGGGCCCGCGCCGCGCCGGCGCCCCCCGGCAGCGGGUAGACAGGAGGGCGGCGCUGGGUCGAUCCCCCUGGUCACUCGCCAUGCUGUGUCGGCAGGUCAUCCAGGGACCGACCCCGCCACAGGCGCGACGCCACCCUACCCCGGCAGAGCGGUCACUAGCCAAGUGGAGUGACCCACCACCCACCGCAGCAGGUGUUACUACUCACCACCAGGUCAAGAACACCGCCCCGUGGGUGCAGCGUCUCUCAGAGAGCGAUGAAGGGCACCCCACGCGCGAGCCUGUCCCGGAACCGCCGCCUCGCUCUGUGAACGACGCUGCCACUGCCACAUCCCCUUCGAAAAGCCUGAGUCACAUUGAUGAGCCUCAGCUACCGACCCCGGCCAUUACGGAAAUGGCAGCCGUGGCUGAGGCGACGGAGAAGAUCGACGCUGCGCCUACCGCGCCUGUGCCAGCGCUGGCGACUGACAGGGAAGAGCACUCUGAGGCGACAAAAACGACAGAGGAGACUGUUCAAGAGACGGAGUUACCGCCGGCCACUACCAUAUCAGCAUCAUCGGCGGCACAGGCGGUGGCUGCCUGGCACGGUUUGAUGAACAUGUCGUUAUCCAGCGUGCUCGGACCGGAGCGCGGAGGGCCGGCUGGCGGAGCGAGCAGCGCCGAUCAGGCUAACGCUCCGCUCCCCGCCGGCCUGUCGUUCGAGGGGGUGUCGGGUCUAGUAUCCGACUCCGGCGGUAGUGACGGUGAGCUGCAGAAUGAUAAAGACAGACAGGAAGACAGACCGACCGAGGAUUCACGGCAGGAGAUGGAUCCCAGCGGCGGAGAAGCUUGGAGCGAUACAAAGCGUAGGAGCGGCACUGACCGCGGUCAGGUCGCAGAGUUUCCGGAGAGGCCGGUGGAGCCCUCUGGCGAGAAGGACGACCAAAGCGACUUUGAAGGAGAGACGGGUUCCGCGGCCGCCCGCCCGCCAGAGCCCGAGUCUGCGCUGAACACCAGCUGUCCAGAGCAGCCGUGUGAACCGUCGCCGAUCAAGUCCGUGGCUGUAGAUCGCGAGUCAGCCGUGGCCGCUGAUGUCGAUGCCUCGAGUAGCGUCGCGGAGAAAACCGAGUUCUCCCCUCUCCCGUCGGACACCCAGACGCGCGACCGAACCGGAUUCAGUUUCUCCACACCGAUGACGCUCAAGGAGAGGACUGGGGAUGCGCGCACGAGCCGAACUCUAGCCCAGGAGAUGGCCGAUCUGAACGCUCCAGCGGACACCGAUUGUCCAGACAUGUGCGGCCAAGGCGAGACUUUGAUGACCUCCAGCGCAGUGGAACUGGACGCCCUCAUCGACCCCGCUGCCAGCGGCUCGUUAACGCUCAACACCUCCACCGGGGCAGCCACCGCGACCACCACCGCACCUACCACCGCUGGGCCCCCGGGACCGCGCGGCGAGCCUCCGAUAAAAACCUGCUCCUCCAGCGCGGAGGAGAACAUGUCGGCAGAGGAGCUGUUCCUGCCAGAUCUGAGCGACGACUCGCCGCCGCCGGCCGAUGAGACUCCGUCGCGCUGGCUGCAGGCGCGUGUUCUGGUGAAGCGGGCCACCUCUCGUCAGGUGCGGCUCAACUGCAGCCCGCCCAAGGCGAAGACUACUACUCCUACCAAGUCGACUGGGGCUGCUGACGGUGGCGAGGGUAACAGCAGCGCCCCUGCCGAGCGGUCCGCCGCGCCUGACACGGCCGUCUCACCGGGUGACAGGGUGCCCGGACCGCCACGCUGGAAGUGCCGCUUCUGCGAGUGGUCGGCGCUAAGCUCGGCCAGGAACGCCAUCCAGCAACACCGCGCCUCGCACAAGAACUGCUGCUACCGAUGUCGGGUCGCCUUCAGUACGAGGGAGCAGAUGGCCGCCCACCGCAAGACUGCAAAGCACCUCGGCAAGGUGGAGGAAUCCAGCCGCGGCCGUGACACCGGCAGUAGUGCCAGCACCACCACCAGCAGCACCAACAACACCGACAAGAACACCAACAGCACCAGCACCGGCGGCGCUGGCGGCACCACUGGUGGCGGGGGCUCGCCACAUGUGUUUUACUACUGCGGCGUGUGCCAGCGGAAGAUCCACGGUCGAGUGAUGAUAGACAGGCACUUUGUGUCCAACGUGCACCUGACGCGAGCCGCCCUGUGCCGAUCGCUGCUCAAGGACGUCAGACGCAUACUGGAGAACGGCGGUGACGGCUCCAAGUCGGACGUAUCCACCGGAGAUCUGUCGGAGAUGGUGCGGGAGGUACUGGGUGACCAGUACCACGAUCUGAAACUGGCCGCGGCGUCCGGGGCGGCCCGCGGAGCGGCCGGCACCGACAGCAACAACAACCAGGCGACUAUACACAGCAGCACCACCAGUCGCUCAACCGAGCUGAGUAUGCCGGCUCUCUCCGAGGUCAUGGACCGACUAGUGACCGUUAUGGACGAAACCGAGCCGCCGCCCCCGCCCCCGCCACCGCCACCUGCAGCGGCACCAGCGGCUAACACGGCGGCCACUGCCAGACCGAACUCUGAGGCGCGGCCGGCCGCCAGUGUGCCGUCGUGCACCGGCAGUUCGGCCGGUACCGGUGCCUCUCCGUGCCAGCGAACGGCCGCCAGCGGCUGCCGCUGCCACGAGCCGACCUCCAGCUGGGGACCGCCGCGCUGGCCGCCCCCGCCCGGAGCCUAUGCGCCGCCGUCGGCCGCAGCCGGCGCACCGCCGGCGGCGGAGGCUCGGCCGGCGUCGACCGCAGGCGGUGGGGACGAGUUUGAGAACAUGUGGCUCCAGAUGGUGUCCAGGUAG